AGUACUUCAUUUUGGGACUUAGGUCAUGUUCGCCAGUCGCUCGGCAGUUUCUUGCCAGUCAUAGGACAGAUCGGUGUUAACGUGGUUUAGUUGUGUAUCUGCAUACUUAUUUAAUACCUGACAUAUCUACCGGCUUAUUUAUAUAUUCGAUUACCGGCGGAGUUAGCUUUUUUAACUUUCAUAGUUUUUUUUCUUAAAUUAAAAUGUUUAUAUCAGAUAAGUUUGCGUAAUUAAGUUUGUGUAAUUAAGUGCGCGUAUUAAGGUUAAAAUCAGUGUUAAUAGUGUGUAAUUACGAUCUACAAUUCGUGACAAUGAAAAAGGCGAAGAAUUCGAAUUCCGAGCAAAGGGACAAUAGGAGAGCAGACAGAGACGAUAAUUCAGAGAGCAGAGACAGAGAACGGAAUAGCGAUUUUGAAACAGAUCAAAAACGGAAACGACCCAUGGCUCAAGAGAAAGGUCCCCCAUCUGAAGUUCAACCAUCAACCACGCCCGCCUGGGGUAUCGCCGAUAGAAGAGUGAAAGAAGAACCGAACGAGGACAAAAACAACGAUUCAGGUGUAUCACCUGAUCAUUCCACGAGCAAUUCUGGUUCACCGAGUACAUCGGCAUCAUUUUCGACAGCAACCUCUGGCCUGUCACCGGGAAGUGGAUGUUCCCAGGAUUCGCAUAACGUAGAAGGCAAUGCAUACUGUUACAAUUCGCAGGUAACGCUUCAUAACAAUCCCCAAUCUUCGAGACAUACUUCAAAGACUGGAAGUAAGCCGAAACAAAGGGGUAAUAGUUCCAAAGUGACGAAAUCAACAAAAUCGAAACAAAAACGUACAUCCAAGAAAAAUAUCCUGCAAUGUCCUAUUUGCGAGUUCUCUACGUUCGAUAGAGCACAGUUCUCGAUUCAUUUAACAGCACAUUCUACGUUAAGAAGAGAUGCUUCAGAAACGUUAAAAUCUAUGGCUAACCAGCUAGCUACGGAAUCAGCAUCUGGGGAUGCUGCAAACAGAUCGGCCUCAACUCAAGGCGAAUGUUCGAGACAGCAAGCAAACGAGGAGCCGGGACUCCGAGUUCCACGAUUGAACUCGCAAGGAAAAGUGAAAACUUUUAAAUGCAAACAGUGUAAUUUCAUAGCCAUAACUAAACUCGAGUUCUGGGAGCAUAGUCGGUGUCAUAUUAAGGCUGAGAAACUCUUGUCCUGCCCAAAGUGUCCUUUUGUCACCGAAUAUAAACAUCAUCUGGAAUAUCACCUACGCAAUCAUCUUGGCUCAAAACCGUUCAAGUGCAGCAAGUGUCCAUAUUCAUGUGUGAACAAAUCGAUGCUUAAUAGCCAUCUUAAAUCUCACUCGAAUGUCUACCAAUAUAGAUGCGCCAACUGUUCAUAUGCUACCAAGUAUUGUCACUCGUUGAAGCUUCAUUUGAGGAAGUAUGACCACGAUCCGGCGAUGGUGUUGAACGCGGAUGGUUCGCCGAAUCCACUUCCCAUUAUAGAUGUCUAUGGAACACGUCGUGGUCCGAAACCAAAGGCGACCAAGUCUCCUGAUGACGCAGGCCCGAGCACUGCUGUUGACAGCAACGCUCAAAUUCCAGAAUCUUCUCCUCAAUCAGAGCUUCCACAGGAAGUGUCUCCGAUUAAUCAUCAGUUAUCGAUAUAUGCGAUAAAUGACUUAAACAUUAUAAAUACAGCGAACGCCGCAAAUACUUUGAACAGUGCAAACAACUUAAGCAUGGCAAAUAACUUGAAUGCAGCGAAUAUUAUUAACGUUGCAAAUACUUCGAACAGCGCAAGCCCCUUGAACAUCGCAAAUAACUUGAAUGCAGCGAAUAUUAUUAACGUUGCAAAUAUUUCGAACAGUGCCAGCCCCUUGAACAUCGCAAAUAAUUUCAAUGGACCGGAUACUUUUAACGUUGCAAAUAAUUCAAACAGCGUAAGUCCUUUGAACAUCGCAAGUAACCUCAAUGGAGGGAAUACUUUUAACAUUGCAAGCACUAUGAACAGCGCAGGACCCUUGGACACCGCAAAUAUCUUCAAUGGAGUAAAUGCUUUCAGUGGCGGAAACCCAUUGAACAUUGCGAACAAUAUCAAUGCAGCAGCUGCUUUCAACAUUGCAAAUACUUUGAACAACGGAAACCCCUUGAACACUAUAAAUAAUAUCAAUGCAGCGAAUAUUAUUAAUCUUGUAAAUACUUUGAAUGGUGGAAACCCUUUGACUAUUGCAAAUAAUUUCAGUGCAGCGAAUAUUUUGAAUGUCGCAAAUACUUCGCAUGGCGCAAGCACUUCGCAUGGCGCAAGCACUUCGCGUGGCGCAAGCACUUUGGGUAGCCCAAGCACUUCGCAUGGCCCAAGCACUUCGCAUGGCGCAAGUAUUUCGUAUGACGCAAGCACUUCGGGUAGCCCAAGCACUUCGCAUGGCCCAAGCACUUCGUAUGGCCCAAGCACUUCGUAUGGCCCAAGCACUUCGUAUGGCCCAAGCACUUCGUAUGGCCCAAGCACUUCGUAUGGCCCAAGCACUUCGUAUGGCCCAAGCACUUCGUAUGGCCCAAGCACUUCGUAUGGCCCAAGCACUUCGUAUGGCCCAAGCACUUCGUAUGCCCCAAGCACUUCGUAUGGCCCAAGCACUUCGUAUGGCCCAAGCACUUCGUAUGGCCCAAGCACUUCGUACGGCCCAAGCACUUCGUAUGGCAUGAAUAACUUCAACGCUGCAAAUAUCUUAAAUGGCGCGUUUAGUUUGAACGGUGCAAAUACUUUAAACAAUGCGAAUGUCCUCAACUUUCCAAAUAUGUUGAACUGUGCGAAUAUAUUGAACGAUACUAACAUGUUGCACAAUGUUAUCUUAUUAAACGCUGCUAUUUUGAAUGGCAUCAACAUAUUGAACGCAAAUAUUGCGAGCGGUGCCAUCUCCGCAAAGGGAGUCAACGAAGUCAUGCAGAAUCAAUCAUUCGUGACUUUCCCAUACAAUCAGAUAUUCGCUCGCUUCCCUUUGCUGCCCUUCCUCGCUGCCAAGGACAACAAUAUCAUAAAAGAGUUCGACCGAAUACAAUCUAAGGUGAUGAUGGACUACUUGAGGAUGUUAAACGGAGGAAGGAUGAUGGACGAUUUACCUGAAAAUCUCGUGGUCAGAUGUGACGAGAACAAUACUUCAAAUAUGCCCGAUGAUUCAUUUAAUAACGAGACAUUUCGCAAUAUAAUUUCCAUUCAGUCUGGUUUAAUGAACAUCGUAGAAGACGUAGAGAUGGAGGAGGCACCUUUAGACCUUAGUAAACCCAGUACUUCUAAUAGUCUUAAAAGACCAAGGGCGACAGGUACUAGCAGACGCAAGGGGAAAGCUGUGAAACUGGAUCAUCAAGUGGUCGAGAACUCCGAUGAUGAAGAAUUACAUGAGCAACAAGAACAAUCGUCCCAGCUUUUAACUCCCAAUGACUUUUGUGUCUUUGGUCAAACAGGUUACGACUGGAGCAAGUUUACGCUGAACCAGAAAAUCAUUUGUCAACAUUGUAACAUUGUGUUUGGUAACCUAGUGAUGUAUCUUAUCCAUAUGGGGUAUCACGGUGAAAACAAUCCUUACACUUGCAACAUUUGCGGCGUUCAGUGUCUCAGCAGAGAAUCCUUCUUCUUGCAUGUCGCCAGAUCGAAACAUUGGUAGAUCUCGGCAGUAAAUCUGCGAUAAACUCUGAUCAAGUUUUAUAUAACUCUCGAGAAGAAGAUCGAACGAUUUUUCUUCGAACUUGUCUGGUGGUCAUAUUGCUUGGGUGUAGAGUCCAAGGUACCGGAUGCGACUGAAACCGACUGAAACACCCGAGCCUAGUUUUUUUUUUAAUGCUUCAAGCUACACGCAAUUUCGGACACACUAACUUGAAAGAACGAACAGUGAAAAAAUAGUGUGCCAUGAUCCGUAAGAAAUUCCAUCUUUCGUGUUAUACGCUUAAGCAAUUGAAUACGUAACUAAUUGUUACAGAUAUUAAAAAGGACCAUAGAUAGGAUAUCUAAUAGACAGAAGUAUAUGGUUAUCUAUAUAUG